CUGCGUCUGAAGUGUGUUUGAAAGAGUAGAGCAGAAGUCAGUCCAUCGUUUCUUCAGGUUGUCUUCCUUUACCAGACUAAAGACUUGUACACAGAGCAGCAGAGACUCUGUCAUGUUUCUCUUCUUGAUGUUGGGACUUCUGGUCUGCUCAGAACCACCAGGUUCCAGUGCUGUGACGUCUCGGUUUGUGCUGAAGGGAGAAGAUGUCACUCUGGAUGUCCAGAAACCUGAUAUUCAAGAAGGAACUAUAUUUGCAUGGAGGUUCAAGAGAGAAGACAAUGUAGUAAGAUUAGUUAAUGAAAAACCAGUAGUCUCUAAAAACUACAGAGGAAGGAUUGAGUUUUCAUUAGAAGAUUACUCUUUGCUGUUGAAGAGUCUAACAGAAGCUGACAGUGGAGUUUAUUCUGCACUGCUGUAUGGGGACAAAGAAAAGAAAUUGACUGAAUAUGAAGUCACAGUUCAAGAGCCAGUGUCUCCAGUUCACCUGACAGUGAAGCCUGUCUCCUCCAGCUCAGACUCCUGUAACGUCACUGUGACCUGCAGCAGUCAGGACUCUUCCAUCAGCAGCACUUUGACAUGUGAUGGAGAAGACUGCUCUCUGGAAGGAGGAGAGAGGUCAGAGGUCACAGCCUCAGCUACCACCUUCAGAGUCCAUGUGUUUGAUGGGUCAGUCAUCUGUAACCAUAGCAACCAGGUCAGCUGGAGUGAGGACAGGAUAGAGAUUGAUGCUCGCUGCUGGCUAGAUGUUGGUCCACAGAGUCCCUCUGGUGUCUCUGUGUGUCUCGUGAAGACGGUCGUGCUCUCGGUCGGUCUGAUCAUCAUGGUGUCUGUGGUGAUCGGCGUCAACCUCCUGGUCAGGCUCAAAAAGAAAGAGUGAACCAUCACUUCUCCAGUGGCCAAACUUUCAUCUCCCUAUUUACAUUUGACAUUGCAGACAUUUAGCUGCACCCUGAACAUACCUGACAGAGUAUCCCUGUGACUGUAGACUGAUCAUGCACAGUAUAAUAGCGAGUGCUUGAUAUAGAAAGUGAAGUGUCAAAUUAGCAAUGUCCUCGUUUUGCCCAAAUGGUAGGUAACACAAAAAAUCUCUUCUGUGGAUUGCCAUGAGCACA